UUUGCUUGCUCCUUUCAGUAUUAUCAUUUGUUUAGGCUUAUAUUUGGAUGUAACUGCAACUUUAAUUAAAAUUAAACUUAAAGUAGCCAAAAAAAAUCGUAUUGCACGCAAGUAUAUCGAUAUUCUUAAUUUCAAUUAGUUGUCAUCUCCCGUUACUUCUAAACUUAACGAAGAACCGUUGGAUUCGGUGUGAAGCAGAAGGAGGAAAACCGAACAGAACAGAACUGAAAAAAAUAAAAAUUGCAAUCAGCUGAAAAUUGGCAACAAAAUGCCGAGCGAAAUAAUGACCUUGCAGUUGGGCCAAUGUGGCAAUCAGACUGCGCAGUUGGCUUCGAAUUUUGGAAGAGGUUGUGCCUCGAACACGGCAUCUCGCCCGAUGGCGUCCUCGAGGAGUUCGCCACCGAUGCCCAGGACCGCAAGGAUGUGUUCUUCUAUCAGGCGGACGACAGUCACUACAUUCCACGUGCAGUGCUCAUUGACUUGGAGCCGCGCGUCAUCCAGGGCAUCAAUACCACGCCGUACUCCAAGCUCUACAACCAGGAGAACGUGUUCCUCUCAAAGGACGGCGGCGGUGCCGGCAACAACUGGGCCUCUGGCUUCAGCCAGGGUGAGCGCUUCCAGGAGGAGGUAUUCGACAUUAUCGAUCGUGAGGCGGAGAACAGUGACUCCUUGGAGGGCUUUGUGCUCUGCCACUCGAUCGCAGGUGGCACUGGGUCCGGCAUGGGCUCUUUCGUCCUGGAACGCCUGUCGGAUCGCUACUCGAAGAAGCUCAUUCAGACGUACAGCGUGUUUCCCAACCAGGAUGAGGUCAGCGAUGUGGUUGUCCAGCCGUACAACUCGAUUCUCACGCUGAUGCGUCUGACGGAGUGCGCUGAUAGCGUUGUCGUUCUGGACAACACGGCACUGAACCGUAUUGCCUCGGACCGCCUCCACAUCCAGACGCCAACGUUUAGUCAGAUAAAUAACCUGGUGUCCACCAUUAUGAGCGUCAGCACCACCACUUUGCGCUAUCCAUCGUACAUGAACAACACCUUGAUUGGGCUGACGGCUCCGCUUAUUCCCACUCCUCGGAUGCAUUUCCUGAUGACGGGAUAUACGCCGUUGAACACGGACAUGGAGGCCAUAAACAGUGUGCGCAAGACCACUGUCCUGGACGUAAUGCGUCGCCUGCUGCAGCCGAAGAACAUGAUGGUCUCCACCUCGGCGGACAAGCAGAUCAAACAGAAGGAAAACUGCUUCCUUGGCAUAUUGACCAUCAUCCAGGGCGAGGUGGAUCCCUCGCAGGUACAUAAAUCGCUGCAGCGCAUCCGCGAACGCAAGCUGGUCAACUUCAUACCCUGGGGACCUGCUAGCAUCCAGGUGGCCGUCUCGCGCACCUCACCCUUUGUCCAGACGCCGCACAAGGUUUCCGGCCUUAUGAUGGCCAACAAUACCGCCAUCAGUGCCCUGUUCGAGCGAGCCAUUAUGCAGUUCGACAAGCUAAAGAAGCGCAACGCUUUCGUAGACAAUUUUCGUCGCGUGUCCAUGUUCAAGGAUGAUCUCUCGGAUCUGGAUAAUGCCCGCGAUGUGGUUGACUGCCUGGUGCAGGAGUAUGAUGCGGCGACCACCAUCGACUAUGGGCAAUGGAAUCCGGUCCGUACACAAGCCCAGUGAGCUGGCCUCGCGUUCUCAUGCUGGAAAUGCAGGAAAAUAAAUAGGAA